GUAAACUUAGCUCCUCAUGUUACUUAAACUUUAGUGAAUGUGGAGAAAACACGCAACCAGUCCCUCGGACUGUAUACACACACACGCACACACACACACACACAUUUUCUUUCUUCGAUAUAUUGCUCCGUAUUUUUUACUUUGCGCUUGUAUUUAUUGAAAAUAAAUGGAACUUGCAAUGGAACUGAUAUCAGCUAUUGAUCAUUUAUGACUUCUCAAAUAUUGUUUUAGUUUUUAGGCCACAACACUCAUUGACCAUAUCCACAUUUAUUAAACGCAGGAAAAAAAAAAAAAGAAGUCUUUUUUUGUUUUGUCGAAAAACGAUCCGUAUGCGACUUGGUUGUAAGCUGAGAAUAUAUCUGUCGACGUUGUUUAUUUUCCAGAACCGUAAACAGAACUUCGUGAUAUCCAAAACAAGAAAUAAACUGGAUAAUAAUAUAAUUAUAUUCAUAGAUAUUUCUGAAACAUUUCUCCAGAAUUAAUAUGGAACACGAUAAUAAGUUGGACAAUUCUAAAAGAAAUGUUUUUACCGAUGUCGAUUCAGUGGCGCGGGCGUACAAGGGCGACGAGGAAAAGCCUUUAGGUUGUAAAACAUUUACUAAACAAAAAUCAUUGCACAGAAACACUCAGUGUGAUUUAUGUGGGAAGUCUUUUGCCAACAGCAGUAAUUUAACGAAACACAAACGAAUACAUAGUGGAGAGAAGCCUUUCUCUUGCGAAGUGUGUGGAAAGUCCUUUAUUAUGAAUUCUCAUCUUGCACGUCACGAAAGAAUCCACACUGAAGAAAAACCAUAUCACUGUGAGAUUUGUGGUAAAUCCUUCAUUCGAAAUUCUAUACUUAUUACUCACAUAAGAAUCCACACUGGAGAAAAACCGUGUUUUUGUGAAGUGUGUGGCAAGUACUUUUUUUCCGACAGUAAUUUAACAAGGCACAAAAAACUACACACUGGGAAAAGGCCAUUCUAUUGCGAAGUAUGUGGAAAAUCGUACUGCAAUAAUAGUGAAUUAAGAAGACAUAAAAAUGUGCACACUGGAGAAAAAAGGUUUUACUGUGAAAUAUGUGGAAAAUCAUUCUUUGAUCAUUUUAAUCUUGUAGUUCAUAUACGGAGCCACACGGGGGAAAGAGCGUAUCGCUGCGAGAUAUGUGGAAAAUCGUUUAUCACUAACAGUCACUUGAAAAGACACAAACGCACACACACUGCAGGGAAGUCUUUUGACUAUAGGGAUACUUGAUAAAUCCUUCUCUUGCAGAUCUAAAUUUAACUCGUCUGGCAACAUUUACACACUGGCGAGAAGCCAUUUUAUUGUGGGGGAAGCUUGAGAAAUCCUGUGUCAAAUGGAAAUGUGUAAAGAAUCAUACAGAAUGAAGGUUGCUGAAAUAAAGUGCCAAUCAAAUACUGGGAUCAGUGUAACCAAUCUGUCCACUCUCUUCGAAAUUACUGGCCUUGAACCCUGCAGUUGACCGGCGUCCUGUUCAGGAUGAUGUGAUCUUGGUCAUUUAUGUACCAUGGAAACCAGGCAGGUGGCUUUAUAAGUUUAUAUAGCUCAAGGAAAACAAGAUUGUUGCAAGUGCUUUUAUUCAUAGUAAUUGCCUUAUAUAUGUCUACAAGGUGCAUUAUAUCACUUCUGCACCUUGGGAUGCAACUGAAAUUAAUUGUAUAGUUUCCCACCAACAAGGGAGCGAUGCAGAAUGCGUUGAAAUGAUUGUUGUGAUCAAUAAAGUUUCCAGUUCUAUAUUUAAGAAA